UCUUGAUGAAACUUUUUCUGGAGAUGAUUCUGAUGAUCAUACUCAAUCUGUGGAUCCUGUAAAGGAGAAGGUUACAUCACUGUGUACAUUUAAAGUUGAUACAAGUUCAAUGCCCUCUAAAGGACGCAGUAAAAAGCAGAAAAAGAAAAGGAAAGAAACAGUCAAAUUAGAGGGUCCGGUACUUCCAUUUGGUAAUGCUGACUAUGUAGAUGUAGAUUUUCUGUAUUUGAAGGAAGAAUUAUCACUAUCUACAGCAAGGUGUGUAUUUGCUGAAGUUCCAUCUCUGGUAGAACUUUGCAUAUUUGCAUCCAGAAAGUUGCCACAAGGGCAGAAGAACACAAACAUUGAUUCCGGGGGGAAUUAAAUCAAUCUUAAGACUUUCCAACAGUCGUUUAGGACUACAGAAGAUUCAGUUAUCAUGGUUGUUUAAGAUACUUCCGUUUAUCGAACAGAAAUUCGCUGACGAUCUCAAAUAUCGAAUACCAUGCAAACUCCAAUUUCCGUAUCGAAACAUCUGGUGCUCAGAUAUGUACUCAAAAGAUAUUGUAUCGCGAAAUUAUGAUGAGCAUCACUCCUAUAAUAGGAUAUCAGCCACAUGUUAUCUACCAUACACGUUUGUUUGGAGCACACAGUAUGAAACCCAAACAGAUCAUCUUACUUUCACUCUCCAACUAUCAGCCCUGGCAAAUGUUAUUGAUCUCAUGUUGCUUCCAACGGUCCCUCACAAAUCUGUAAACAGGAGGCGGGGAUUUAACAGCCAAUCAGAAGAAGACAUGUUGUCAGCUGAUAUGGAAAGGAUGCUGUUACGAAUCAAGGCCGAGCUGGAAAAGAAGUUCCCUCUUACAAUAAAGAAUCUUUACCAUCAAGUACUGCCGUACGUGUUCUGGGCCCGAGGACUCAUUUCCAAGGCUGCCCACCUGUUUUCUGAUCUAGCAUCCAAGGAAGAGAAAUGCAGAAUGAAAGCACGAUAUUUAUACGAAGUCGGGAGGAUGUACUCGCACUUUGACGAAGCUGAGACAGCCAUUGUCUUUUACAAAGGGGCGGAGGAUGCAGUUCUGGCUAAGUCAAAACACAGAACAGAAAGAAUCAUCAGAGAAGUUGAACAACAAACCAAAGACCUGUGUGCUGAUGCCUAUGAUCAAGGACCAAUGACCCGACUCAAAGCUGAGCAAGCAUCCAAAUCAUGGACUCUCGCAAUCCACUUUGCUGAUAGAGAACGAUUGCAGACUCCGCAUCCAGGAAUAUAUGCAGCAGAGUCUCUGUUAUGUUUCCAUGCCAGGAUCGGAAGAGAUGAUGUGAAGUCAUGGCUGCUUUCCUGUGUGGAAUGCCUUGAGAGGAUCGCCCAGAGUUGUCCUGCGGUCUACUUCUACCUGUCACAGAUAUAUGCCUGGGCAGGAAUGACAAAGGAUUCGACGACAGCCUACAGAACAUAUGUCAACAAAGGGUAUGUAGGGGGCUCUACUCUGGCCCCAGGACAAGAGACAAGCAGCAGUGGGAGGAUAUCCAGGCAGCCCUGGGGAGUACUACUGCUGAUGGUCCAGAGGCCUUUUACUGACACCCCUAAACCUCUGUCUGUACUCUGGAGGACCAGGCUGGGACCUCCAAGGUUCUCCAAUAUCACAGAGCAACAUGUGAGCUGGGAAGCUGACAUGAGAAGUAUUGAUGUCAAUCUUACACUGAGUAAGGAUGGAAAAAUUACGGGAGACUUUGAGAUGAUACUGCCCUCGAUCAGAGGAGUACAGUUAGACCCACACACAGGAAUUCUGUGUUUCCCACAUGUGCCUGUCGAAACUGUGACAUGGAAGUCUUUCUACGAAUUUAACAUGGAACGUCAGUAUUCUACAGGUGAGUUCACUAUUAAGUAUACCAAAGAUCUUAAAAAGUAA